AACUAUAUUGCGCGUGUUAUAUGCUUGAAAAAUAUUGAAUUACUGAUCGAAUUAUGUAGCCGCAUAUGUUUUAUUGUUUGACUUGAUUUUUGUAAUUUAAUUUUCCUAUAUCGCGUGUAUUGCUUUCUCUCAAAAUUGUUCAGAGUUAGACCUUCGGAUCGUAAUAAACGACAUAAACAUUUCUUGCUUCAUAAAGUGAUAUACGCGAUAUCAUUUCAUAAAUACAUUGAGUAACGAGAUGGUUAACGCGCUCUACCACACUCUAAUCUUGAAUAGUUCUGCGUGUCUGUCGUACAAUUGUCAGCAUCUGUCUCUCUCUUUCGCCGUAUCUUUCUCUUUUCGAAGAUGCGCAUCUUAAAAUUUUACAAGGUUCCUGGAUUGAAGGCAGGCCAGCUGAAGAGUAAACUACACAAAGUGUCGGAAAUCGAAGCCUCCGUGACCGAUCUUGAGACAGAAUUGUGUUAUUACGUGCAGACCACCGAGCCGCUCGAGAAUGAAGAGGAAGUCGUAUUAAAGUGGAUCUUGGGACCCCCUUUCGAACGAGAAUGCUUGAAAUAUAACAGUGUAUUCAAUCAUGUUCAAGAUAAUGCUAUUGUUAUUGAAAUUGGACCCAGGUUGAACUUCUCAACAGCAUUUUCUACUAAUGUAGUUUCCAUUUGUAAAUCUGUGAAAUUGAAUAAAAUCACGAGGGUAGAAAGGGCAAUUAGAUAUCUCGUCAAGUUUAAAGGGACAUUUGACGAGAAAGUAGAAAGCAACAUUGUAGAUGUAUUGGGAGAUAGAAUGACAGAAUGUAGAUACGUAAAACCAAUCGAAACAUUUGAUCAUGGCUUUAGGCCAGAGAAAUGGUUUGAAGUCGAUUUAAUCAAAGAAGGAAAACAAGCUCUGCAAGAAGUUAAUUUGAAAUUGGGUUUGGCAUUUGAUGACUGGGAUUUAGAUUUUUAUACAAAAUUGUUCCUUCAAAAAUUAAAACGUAAUCCAACAAGCGUAGAAUGUUUUGAUCUUGCACAAUCUAAUAGUGAACAUAGUCGCCACUGGUUCUUUAAGGGACGUAUUAUUUUGGAUGGCGAAGAAAAAAAACAAUCCUUAAUUGACUUGGUUAUGGAUACACAAAAUUAUUCGAAUCCAAACAAUGUGAUUAAAUUUAGCGACAACAGUAGUGCUAUAGAAGGAUUUCAAGUCCCUGUCCUGCGUCCUGUAAAAACUGACAAAUGUAGCAAUUUUCAUCUAAAAAACAUCAAGCAGCAUCUCAUUUUUACAGCAGAGACGCAUAAUUUUCCAACUGGUGUGGCACCUUUUAGUGGUGCCACAACAGGAACUGGAGGAAGAUUAAGAGACGUUCAAGGAAUUGGUAGAGGAGGAAAUUACAUAGCGGGCACUGCAGGUUACAGCAUUGGUAAUCUUCAUGUUUCAGGCUAUGAUUUGCCAUGGGAGGAAAAGGAUGCAAUUUAUCCCAGUAACAUGGCAUCGCCGUUAGAAAUAAUAAUCGAAGCGAGUAACGGCGCUUCCGAUUAUGGGAACAAAUUUGGGGAACCUGUCGUGUCUGGCUUUGCGCGUUCUUAUGGAGCGACCAAUAUCGCGGGAGAGAGACGAGAAUGGAUCAAACCUAUAAUGUUCAGUGGAGGAUUAGGAACAAUGGAUGCAAAUUUGGCUAAAAAGGUUCCAGCAGAACGGGGUAUGGAAGUGAUAAAAAUCGGUGGACCCGUCUAUCGAAUCGGCGUAGGUGGUGGUUCAGCGAGUUCCGUAGAGGUACAGGGUGACAACAGUACCGAAUUAGACUUUGGUGCCGUCCAAAGAGGUGAUCCCGAAAUGGAACAGAAAUUAAAUCGCGUGGUGCGUGCAUGCACGGAAUUAGGAGAUAACAAUCCGAUUCUCAGUAUUCACGAUCAAGGUGCCGGUGGUAACGGUAACGUCCUCAAGGAACUAGUGGAGCCCGCUGGUGCAGUAAUCUUUACUAAGAAUUUUGACCUCGGUGACCCUAGUAUCAGUACAUUAGAGCUUUGGGGCGCGGAAUAUCAAGAGAGCAACGCGAUUCUGUGUAAAUCGAAGGACGCUGAUUUGUUAAAAAGAAUCGCGACGCGUGAGAAAUGCCCCAUCAAUUUCGUUGGCACUGUCACUGGGAAUGGAAAAAUCAUCGUUUCCGAGGAAGAAAAUUGUGAACAUGCAAAGUACCUUAAUAACAAAGACGAAAGCCUAAGCCUGGAUAGCAGCAAGCAUCCGGUGAAUCUAGAUCUAGAAGUUAUUCUUGGAAAAAUGCCUCGUAAGGUUUUCCAUCUAAAUAAGAUAUCGCCGCAGAAAUUUCUCAUGAAGUUGCCCGAUGAAUUGACAGUUCUUAGCGCCUUGGAUAGAGUUCUUCGAUUACCUUCGGUGGCUAGCAAGCGGUAUCUAACAAAUAAGGUGGAUCGUUGCGUAACGGGCUUAGUGGCCCAGCAGCAAUGUGUCGGCCCAUUGCAUAUUCCUCUAGCAGACGUUGCAGUGGUAGCUAUUUCACAUUUUUCUCUAGAAGGUAUCGCGACUUCUAUCGGCGAACAACCGAUUAAAGGACUGGUGAAUGACGCGGCUGGCGCUCGAAUGACGGUUGCCGAGGCUCUCAGUAAUCUAGUGUUCGCGCGUAUCAGCAAUCUGCGGGACGUGAAAUGCAGCGGGAAUUGGAUGUGGCCGGCGAAACUUCCAGGCGAAGGCGCGGCGCUCUACGAAGCCUGUUCGGCGAUGUGUUCCCUGAUGAAAGAAUUCGGAAUCGCGAUCGAUGGUGGCAAGGAUUCGCUCAGUAUGGCCACGCGUGUCGGGAAGGAUGUCGUCAAAGCACCCGGCGCUCUUGUCGUGUCUUGUUACGCGCCGUGUCCCGACAUUCGCCGAGUAAUUACCCCGGAUCUCAAGGCUCCUGCCGCAGGACGGCAAAGUUACCUGCUCUUUGUCGAUUUGUCUGGUGGAAAAAGCCGACUCGGUGGAACGGCUCUGUCUCAAGUCUACAAUCAAUUGGGCGACGACGUCCCGGAUGUCGAAGAUGCGCAAACUUUCAGAAACGCUUUCGAUGCUACGCAACAAUUAAUUGCCGAUAAAAAGGUCCUCGCCGGUCAUGAUGUCAGCGAUGGUGGACUGAUCACAUGCCUUCUAGAGAUGUGCUUUGCCGGAAUCUCAGGGAUAAAUGUCGACAUAACUCACAAAUCUGCAUCUGCUAUUAACAUUUUAUUUUCCGAGGAGAUUGGCUGGAUACUGGAGAUUGACGAAAAGUAUCGUGACGAAGCGAUGGAAAUGUUUCAGCGCUACAAAGUUCCCGUGUACUUGAUCGGAGAGUCCACGGACUUCGGAAUGAAUUCGGAAGUGAUCGUCAAAAUACGCGGUAAUAUUGCGUUAAAAACUACGGUAAUCGAUUCGAUGAGUAUUUGGGAAGAGACCAGUUAUCAGCUGGAAUGCCAUCAGACAAACGUCACCUGCGCCUUGGAAGAAUUUUCUAAGCUACGAGAACGAACUGUUCCCGCUUACCGUCUCAGUUUCGAUCCCGUUAGAUCUAAUUCGAUAUUAACGAAUCCAUCGAAAAAUAUCAAAGUAGCCGUGAUAAGAGAAGAAGGAAUUAACGGAGAUAGAGAGAUGGUCGCUUCUCUAUUGGAAGCUGGCUUCGACGUUUGGGACGUUACGAUGCAAGAUCUGCUGAAAGACCAUGUUACCCUGGAUAUUUUCCGAGGUAUUAUAUUUCCCGGAGGUUUCAGUUACGCCGACGUCUGCGGUUCUGCGAAAGGAUGGGCAGCCAGCUUCCUCUUUUAUCCAUCUCUACGCGAACAGUUGCAACGAUUCUUCGCUCGCGAAGACACUUUUAGCUUGGGGGUCUGUAAUGGUUGUCAAUUGAUGAGUUUGCUAGGAUGGAUAGGUGACGAAGACAUCGAAAAAAAUAUGAACGAGGGAAUUUAUUUGGAUCAUAAUUUGUCGGAAAGAUUCGAAUGUAGAUGGAGCACUGUUAAAAUCGAGAACUCGCCAUCGAUUAUGUUAAAAGGAAUGGAGGGUAGCGUUCUUGGCAUAUGGGUGGCUCAUGGAGAAGGCAGAUUUAUUUUUCGCGAGGAGCUUCUAAAAUCUCUUAGGAGAAAUAACUGCUUGCCAAUCAGGUAUACGGACGAUUCCGGCAAUCCGACUGAACGUUAUCCCAUGAAUCCGAACGGUAGUGUAAAUGGCAUAGCCGGUGUUUGCUCUAAAAAUGGUCGACAUCUGGCGAUGAUGCCACAUCCAGAAAGGUGCACGCAAAUGUGGCAAUGGCCUUGGAAACCAAUAGAUUGGAACUGGGAAGGUUCGUCACCGUGGCAGCGACUUUUCGAUAAUGCGUAUAUCUGGUGUCGAGAGCGUGACUAAAAAGUUGCUCAACACAGUAUUCUGCCAAUGAAAAGUUUUGUUAUAAUUUACUCAUUUUAUAAUUACUCUGUGCAUAUAUAUAUUUUUUUCUUUUCCUCUCGCACACAAUUCAGUUUGAAUUCACAUGGAAUUAAUAUCAAAAGUAUAUUUUUAAAAAAUAUAUGAGACUUGUAAAAUUAAAUA